UCAUCUCUGUUUCUGUCAUUAGUUACUACAAACAAUCAAUAAUUCUCAUUUUGGUGUUAUCCUUUCUGGGUGUAGUGAAAUCUUGUCUGAGAUUCUAAGAACAGGCUUUUGGUGUUUUAAUUCUGGGUGGUUUCACUGUUUUUUGGCUUAUGGUUGAUGGGGAAGAGAAUUACUUAGGUUUACUCAUGUCACAACUGAGUGUAGAAGCUAUUAACUUGUGAUUUCACAGUGUUUUUUUUUUAUAUGAAAUGUAUAUUAGAUGAUGAAAAGGAGAAGGAACAUCCCAAUCAAGUUCUGAAUUUCAUUAACAUUUCUAUAGAAUUUGUGCACAAGAAAGUUGGUUCUUCCCGUCUGCAAAUUGGUUUCUCUUUAUUUCUCUGUGGAUGGUGACUGGCCUCCUAGUCCCACUUUGAAUUUUCUAAGGUUCUGUUAGCUUUACUCAGGGUUAUUUUCUGUGUAGUACAGACACAAUUGGUAGAUAACAUUUUUGAGGUGUAAUCACAGGAUAAUUAAAUGGGCUCUGAAUAAUUAUACUGAACAGUAAUGUCUGUUCAUCUUUGAGUUCUAUAUGGUGUGGUGUGAUGAUUCCACAAUGGCAAAAAAGAGGAGCUGGUUUGAUCUUCUGAAGAGACUCUUUCUGUCGGAGCCCAAAACAAAACAAGAAAAGAAGGAGAGGAGGAGAUGGAUUCGUGAUAGUUUUAAGAUCAAACGCCUUCUCACUUUUGCGCCAUCAUCUUCAUUGAAGGAGAAGACACUGAGUCAAGCAGAAGAAGAGCAUAGCAAGCAUGCUGUGACUGUUGCUAUCGCCACAGCAGCUGCUGCUGAGGCUGCUGUUGCAGCUGCUCAUGCUGCAGCUGAGGUUGUUCGACUCACACAUGCCCCUCCAUCACGCCGUCAAUUAGAGAAGGGAAUUAGAGAAGUAGCUGCUAUUAAAAUUCAGACUGCUUUUCGUGGGUAUCUUGCAAGGAAAGCAUUGCGGGCACUGAAGGGACUGGUGAGGCUUCAAGCUAUGGUUCGAGGCCGAGCUGUGAGACGCCAAGCAAUCAGCACUCUAAAGAGUUUGCAAUCUCUUGUUAACAUCCAGUCUCAGGUCCGUGCAAUGAGACUAGGGAUGGUGGAGGAUGGCUGGAUUACCAAACAAAAGCAACAAUUGCUAGCACAGAGUGAUGAAUUGGGAGACAAGGAAAGAAAUCUCAAACCAGACUGUCAUAUGUGGGAUGGAAGCUUGUUAUCAAAAGAAGAACUAAAGGCUACGUUUGUAAGCAGGCAAGAGGCGAUGCUUAGAAGAGAACGUAUGAAGAAAUAUUCAUUUAGUCAUCAGGAGAGGCGACGAUCAGAAUCAGAACCAAGUAAGGUGGGUGGAAUGUACAGCAACUGGUUAGAACACUGGGUGGAUGCCCAUGCAAGAGAAAGGGAAGGAACAGAGAAUUUUGAAUCACAUGCCUGCUUAAAUGCAUUGGAUAGAUAUGGAGAGGAAGUACUGCAGCUCAGUAUGAGAGAUAUUCAGAAAAAUACAAUAUCACUUCCAAGGACAUCAAUUCAUCAACAGAAACAUAGUCCAAUUGAAGACAAUGAUUCCUACUUAAGCUUUUCAGCUGUUCCUGGUUACAUGUCUGCAACUGAAUCUGCUAGGGCUAAGGCGAGAUCAUCUAGUACACCAAAACAAAGACUGGAAAUCAGAGAUGUUAACUCUGAUCAAAGUUCACCAUCAAACAAUAGACUCUCAUUUAGCUCUUCUGUUGGCAAUGAUGCUACUUUUUUCAGCAGGAUUGCCAAGCCUAGUGGCUGUCAGCAGAGAUCUCCUUCCAUUAAGGGUCGUCCAAUAAAAUCACACCGAACUUCCAAAGAUCUGAGCUUUGAUUCUAAAAUCUCAUUGCUCAAAUGGAACCAGCAGAUUACUUAUAGAUGAUUUUCAUAACGGGUAAUUGCUACAUUAACAACUUUCUAAUAAUUGAUUACUCAUUUCUUCACUUGUUCUGGUAGUGAAAAUGAUUUCUUUUUUCUUUUUUUCCACUUUCAGAGUGAUGGUUGUCUUAUUUUCUUUGAGUGGAGAAAAAUGGAGUUGGUGAGAGUUCUUUACAGAGUCUGGUGUCUAUUGGUUUGGAAUGCAGAAUUGUGCCCCCUUUUUUUUUUUUUUUUUUUUUUUUUUUAAUAUAAGGGGAGUGGGAGGUAAGUGCAGAAACUGUUGUUUUUUACAGUUGUAGUGGAGUGAAUAUCUCAGAUUUUUAUAUGUUAGCCUUUUGGAGGACAUUUCUCAUAUAAGAUCUUAAAAGUGCAAACA